AGUAUGGGCUUUUUUUACUGGCCGAGUUUAUUUUAGCCCUUCAACAAAAGGCGGUAGUCGUGUCCCUCGAUUCAACAGCAUGUAGCGGCACCUCCUUGAAAUCGAUCCAACGUUCCUAGAUGUCGCUGUUUAGUGUUUGCAGCGUCCACCAGCACAAUUUGUUUCUGAACACCAGGUGAGUUUACCGCUCUGGGGCUGAAACUCCUGUUGUGCGGUGCUAGAAAGAGCCGUUGAGAUUUUGUCAGGCGCCCAGUGUUAUGGUGGGGUGGUCCGCGCUGGUUGACGUCGCAAAGGUGGAUUGUGGGAUGUUUCUGAACGGUGAGAGGUCUCUCCUUCUGUUAGACUCGGCCAGUCCCUCGGAGUCCCAUAACUUCAUCGAGUUUGCCCGGUUCCUGUCCCGCCUGGGGAAGCACCCCAAUCUGGUGGAGCUCCUGGGGGUGGUGUCUCUGCGUGUCCCCCUCAUCACCGUCACCGAAGAGCUGGAGCACAGGGACCUGCUGGGCUUCCUGUGGAGGUGCAGACAGGAUAAUCUGAGUCUGGAUAAGCCCUGUGAUCUGACUGAGAAAAGACUCUUUAUCAUGGCCAGACAAGUAGCAUCUGCACUGGUGAGUCCAACU